AUGCAAUGCGCGCCUCCCCCCUCACGUGACACUAAUCACACCAUUUUCAAUAUGGCGGACGAAGUGUUCCAAAGUGACACUAAAUGUUUAGAUCAGUAUGAUUAUUUUUUUCGUUCUGAUCUUCUUUCUGGUAAAGUGGCGUUUAUAACUGGAGGUGGCUCGGGAAUUGGUUUUACCAUUACUGAAGUGCUGAUGAGGUAAAAGACCCGUUUAAAGUUCACCUUAAUUAAUGUAACGGAAAGUGGAUCUGGUUUUUCCAAAAUUGAGCAAAACAUAAGCUUAAAAUGAAGAAUUUGUAAGGAAUUAGAAUUUAUAUCGGUAACUUAUAGGAAUUCCCAGUGUGCUGGGUAAUUUUCCAGUCAAAAGAAUGAAAUCGCUGAGGAGGUCCUUGACUAAAACUAGCUUGAGGAUUUUUCAUGUAGCAAUCCUGGAAAAUGGGGGUGGGGUAUUCAACUCACGUUGCAUAGGGGGCCGCUACGCUUACAAAGCUUCUCAGGAUUAGCUGAGGAAAUAGUAACAAACAACAGCAAUAAUGGACCUCAUCCCUAAGACAAUAGAAGACUGUCAUUCCCAGAACUACAAUUCUUUUUUACCUGUGCCUUGGAUCAAGAUGAACGUUCUGUUUUUACUCUGCCUGUGCCAUACCUUGGAUCAAGAUGAACAUUCUGUUUUUAUUCUGAAAGACCCCGCCCCCUCCCUGUGGAUGAGCAGAUUCCUACCACCUCACUUUCCUUUCUCAGGACCCUUUGAAAAAAGUUUGCUAUCCCUUUCCCACCCUCAUUUUUUGUCAGUCCCUUUGAAAACAGACUACAACUAGUUACCUGCUGAUAAGGGAAUUGGAAUAAAAGUGAAAUGCUUUGGCUGAUUCCGAAACAGGAAUUCUGCUAAUUGCAGACUUCCAGCUUGCUAUGCAUCCUUGGACAUUUGAAAUAAUAACCUUUACCAACUUACAAACAUGGUAGCCAUUGCUCUUUCACGUUAUCCUGGAACCAGCCAGAGCUCUUGAUCCUUGGCAUUUGCAAAAAGGAUCACUACUCUGGGAACAAGAUUGACAAAAGAGCUGCAUGGAAUCAAAGAUCCAAUGAAAUUAGAGGUGCAUGAAUGUUUUAUUAUUACAGACAGCCGUUGGACCCUUUUAGUAUCCUCAAUAGCAAGAUCAGUCUGUAAUACUGGAAGACUAUCUCAGUGAAAUGUCUGUGAUUUAUUUUUGUCCAUAUUGUCAGAGUGUCCUUAAUAUCACAACGACGUUAAACAUGGACAACAGGACUAAUAACACAUGCACAGUACAAAUGACUUAAUUAAAUUAUCCUCUCAAGACACCUAAUCCAUUGGCUCUCCACAUUGUGACAGUAUCUGGAGUGGAUCUUGGGGUGGAUCACCAAAUCACUAAGCUAAUUUCAAAAUGAUGACUGCAACAGAAGAGUUGUAAGCAGCAAGUUGAUGGCUGUGUAAAAUGGCUUGGAGUUCCAACAUAGUCAGGCAUACUAACAAUUUUUAACAAAUAAAUAAAAUGAUAAUAUUGCAUUCCUGUUAACAGGCAUCAGUGUGCUACAGUGAUUGUAGGUCGAAAGUUUGACAGGCUUAGAAAGGUAAGUUUUUCACUUUGCAAACGUUAUUUGCAUAAUUUUAAAUACUGAUUUCCAAGUUACUGAGAUGGUAGUUAAGAAGUUACACUGAGAUCGUAACUAUGGUCAUGAAAGUCUCCAUUGAUGUUGUAUGACCACCUGUGUGGAUCCUGACCUUUUAAUGAUCAUAGACUACCUUGACACAGACUGUUACUUGUGAGGGGGAGGGAUCUUCCAAGUUUUCUAAAAAAAGGUACUGAGAUCCUCAUGCAUCACUGAUAUACUCAACACCCAUGUAGGUGCAUGCCGGGUCUGCACAAUCUGUGAGCCAAUGAACCAUGCGAGCCAUGAGAAAAAAAAGAGUUUUAUGAAAUUUUAAAUGCAUGAAAAAAUAAUGUUUCCUGCUUAGUUCUGAGGUUUUGCUGAUGGAAUAUUUGCAGAGUUACACAGUAUUGAUUGACUUUCACCGAUUAGGGUUAAGCACUCAGUUUACUGACUAGGGUUAAGCACUUGCUUUACGGAUUAGGGUUAAGCACUGUUUAAGGUUAAAAACGUUUUUAACAGAUGAGUGUUAAGCCCUCUUGGGUGUUAAACAAUGGCUACCUUCCAUUUUUUUUUCAUAUUUACUGCUUUUUCAAUUUCUUUAGCAUGGCUCACUGGCUCACACUGUGUCCUAACUCAUGCAUGCUCCUUGUACCUCUUGUGACUUAAAUUUUGUAAUUUAUACCUUUUAUUACCUGUGCAGGCGGGAGGGAUCUUUCAAACCAUACUCAAAUGAGCAUGAUUGAGUUAGUAGAACAGGCCAGAGUAAAAUGCCAAAAAAAUGUUACGUUGACCUGAAAACUCUACUGAAAAGUUUAAUGUUGUUCUACUACCCACCAGCACUUUAAAUUCCUCCUCAGGGUUUCCUCUAGCUAAAUGCUUAAUCAACAAAAAGGGUGGGAAGGAAAACAGAUAGGGAGAGAAACUAAAAGGUAUAGGAAGAAAAACCGAUAUCACCCUGAAACCCAAAAAUUUCUUUUAAUUUUGCCCUCUGAUUAGCAAAUAAUUUAUUAUUCAUCAUAAUUUUCCUGUUAUAUUGUCAUUUUAGGCUGCCAAGAAGCUGGAGGAUCUGACAGGACAGAAAUGUGUCCCAAUAAAAGUUGAUGUUAGAAAGGUAAUUUGUCUCCUUUAAAUCAGUGUUAUUAUGAUAUUGGCUAUGAAACACAAGUUUUUUUUGAACAUCCUAUACUGGGAUAUACAUGUAUUGGUGCAUGCACAAAGUGAAGGACCCUUUUUUUGUCAGGUCAAUGAAAUAGAGAAAAUUAUACGAGUCAUUUAUUACAGCUGGCACAGCUGAGUGAGCAUUAACUAUAUCUGUGCUAGUUUGUUAAAUGCUAGGUAAAUGAAGUUGAAGCAGCUGUGGACAAAGCUCUGGAACUGUUCUCACGAAUAGACAUCUUGGUCAAUGGUGAGAGUGUGAAUAUUUUCACAUAUUUUUCCAUUGUAUUCAGUUGCCGUCUUUUUAUAGUUAAUAAAAUUAUUGAAAUUCUAUUAAAUUUAAAUCGCUGCACUUUGUUCAUUUGCUUUAAAUAAAUGCAUAUUGAUUCUAAGGUAUCCCCUGUUUUUUGUGCAAAACUCUCCUAGACAGGUUCUUUUUUUAGUUGUGUUCGUCUCAUCAGCUUUAUAGUAGUGUCUGCUAAAAUGAUUCGUUUAAAGAUACGUUGGAUAAAGUUUCUUAAAAGGUCAUGAGAGGAGAUUGGCAUUUCAGCUCAAGUAUGGUUUGAAGCUUUCAACGGUCCAUGCUUGGCUGAAUUCAAACAAUGGCCUUCUGGUCAGAUGAUGAAUUUGGUCCCCAUAUUUCGGUCACUAAGGCUUGGGGCUCGCCAUGCAUAUAAAUGUGUUUAUCCAGAAAAAUUUAAGUUUGGUCAUUAUUAGAGUAGCUUUCACGAAAGUGUAUGGAUUUCUGCACUAUUUAUUAAGGCUGAUUUGCACAAGCAUAAAACAAAAUGUUGAUAUGUCCAACAGUCUAUAUGUGAGCCUCCCGAAUGAAAAGGUUUCCUUCUUUGUGCACCCCUUUUCAGAACUAUAUUCAGGGACAAAAAAUUUCCAGACGUGCUUACAUCUAGAAAAAGCACCAACUUCUUACUCCUGGUGGAAGAAUUUGAGCUAAUACAGCAGCGUAACUACCACAUAAUUUUUCAAAAAAAAUCAGAAAAUAGAAUAAGCUCAAACCAAUGCAAGAACAUAAAUGACUAUAUGAAGGACUUUCUCCCCAGUAUCUCUGAUUGUAGAACUCUGUAUAGGCUUGGGAACUUGGGAAUUUUUCAGUAUGUCAUCUGAAGUCUUUGGAUACCCUCAGGUGUGAUUGGGUGACGUCUACAAAAAAUCCAAUAGAACUGUCAGUGAAAAUAAAAAUCUAAUGCCUUAAUGCCCCCUAAGAGCCCUGUGUACAUACAGGUGUUUUAAAACUGGUUUGAGUCAAGUUGUCAUGUCUAGUGCUUGUGCUAUCCUGGUUUAUACAUAGAACAUUUGACUAUGCAAGCAUAUGUCCAAGGCACCUCAGAAAUAAGAAAUAAAUCAAAUGUACUUUCAGUGCUUUAUGUAUCUCAAGCAAAUGUGAGAUCAAACUAAAAGAGCGUGUUACCAUAACUUUUAUUUCACAGUUGUAGAGAAAAAAACUCAUGAUUACUUUGGAUUUUUUUCCUUUCAGGAGCAGCAGGAAAUUUCCUUUGUCCAGCAAGCAAGCUCUCUUAUAAUGGAUUGAAAACAGGUACCUAAGUUAAGUACACGUAGAUUCAAGGCAAGUAAAAAAGGUUUGCAAUCUCCUCAUUAGCGAGUGUAGUGUCCUCAUUAGAGAGAGUCUGUAAUAGAGGGAGUUUAUAUCAGUCAAACAUCUGCAAUUCAUUUUUGCCUGCGUUCUAGCUGCUGUCCAUAUUAUCAGGGUGUCCACAAUGCAAGAGUUGACUGUACAUACAUUUUGCUACCAAUAACAUUUAUUCUUCUCUGCUACUCAAUUAACUAGCAUCCUGUGGUAUUUUUUUUGGAAAUUUAGCUCUUAUUAACCGAGCUAGGUCGAUUUGUAUGGGAGAAUCUUGACCGAGGUCAUACGGUUGAACGUCCAUAAAGUCCUGAAAUAAUAUGCAGAAAAGAAAGGAAAAUUACACCUCUAUUAAGCAGCGACCUCCAUCAAGUGACUGCUGCCACCUUUUUGGUCAUCCCUGACUGAACAAGAGUUUUUUUAUUGCUGUCCUCUCCUCUUAAUGGUCAUCAAAUUCUAGAUACACUUAGUUUGGCUUUGUUUUGGAAUAUAUAUCAAUAACAAUUAUAAAGUCUUGUUUCUGAUGAAAAUUGUACUAAAAUAAUAAUUAUUAUUAUAUAUUAUAUUUGAUGAGCCUCUAUUGAGUGGCCAACCUCCAUUAAGCAGUGACUUGCCGCUACCCAGAGAGUGGCCUGCACCUAAUGGAGUUUCAAUUGCAGUAGUCUGUUAACAAAUUAAGGUUCUCCCAGUGUUUUUGGUGACUGGUGCAAUUUUGUUCUUUCCUUGCAGUUAUUGAUAUAGACACGCUUGGAACAUUCAAUGUGAGCAAAACGGUUUAUAACAAAUUCUUCAAGGUAUUAAUGAUUAAAUGGAUUAUUAAUUUAAAAGAUUAUUUCUCUGCUCAAGAUUAUUCAGAAAGUUGUAGGGUGUGUUCUGUUGGUAUGAUCUGGGUUAGGAUCAGUAAUUCAAGGUGAAUCAUACCACAUCAAAGGAACCAUCGAAUCCUCCCUGGUAAAGGAUUCAUUGGUUCAUUUGAUGUACCAGUGAUCUCAGAUCACUGAUCCUGAUCCGGAUCAUCCCAAAGGAAGUUACGUACCUAUACACAGUUUCUUGUAUUUUUUAUGUGUACAGAAGAAUGGUGGUGGAAGCAUCAUCAACAUUACUGCUACGCUUCAGUACAAUGGAACUCCUUUCCAGGUGUGUGGUUGAAUUUUUUGUGGUAGUAGUAGUUACUGAUUUAUUUUUUCAGCACAAUGAUUAUGUGGGAAAUCAAGCAGACUUAAGUAAUAUAUUAUAUUAUUUUACUGGAAAACUAUUUUCACUGCAGAAUAGCACUUAACAGUCACAAUCCAGUCUUUAUGCCUUUUAUAAUUCAUUUUUUUUAGUUGAAUUAAAGUUGCACAGUUCAAGGCUCUUUGAUUUGCACUUUUUUCUGUCGUUAUCAGCUAUUGUAGGCUUUUCUAGCCAUUUUAGGCUCUUAAUUAAGUUAUCCAAGUAUCAAGUUCUUCAGUCGACUGCAAAACUGUUACUCUUUUAAAAAACGUUAUAGAAAAUAACUCCCAAAGGUUAUAGUGUCCAUUGUAAAAGCAUAAAUUCCCACAGAGCAUUUGAGGGUAAUAUAAACAACUACUUUUUAUCGCAUCUCCCUAAUCUCAGUCAAUAAUUUCUCACUUUCUACAGUCCUUUUGUUCAAAGGUCAUGCUCAUUCUUCAGGUUAAUUCAGUGAUAUAGGGAGCUUAAACAAGUAUCAACAAUGGCGACGACGGUAGUGAAAACGUCACUAAACAAAAUGAAUUUGCCUUCUUUCAAACUUUAGCGCGUCUAUUUGGACCUGCUCAAUAUGUCAAAUGUAGGCGAAUUUUCGUGCAGUUGAAUUGUUAAGGACUUUAUAUCCAGGCUCAAAAAGAGAAAGGAAAAUUGAUCAUCGCAUGUCCACGUCCUCCAAAAAACGUCGCAUGAGAAGGUUUCACGUCGUAGUCGUGCAGUAAUCGUCAAAGAAAUGUACAGAAUAGAUUGAUGCACGUGCAGAGCUGUGAUUUUGCUGAAAAUAACUAUUUUUUUGGCGUUGUCAUUGUCUUGUCGUGGUGGUGGUUGCUUAAUCUCCCUAUUACUAGUGGCAGAUCCAGGGGGGCUGCCUCCCCCCCGCUAUCCAAAGGACUGGAUCCACCACUCAUUACUGUAUCAAGUCAAGUUGUUCAGGGUCCAAAUUAAGAAACGUUUUGUUUUACAACACUAGACCAUUUUUAAAAACAAUUGUAUAUAAGACGAAUGUAAAUGUAUAGUAUAGGAAGUCUCACUUGACUUGUUGUUUUAAAAGUUUGAUUCUUCCUUUAGUGUCAUGCUGGAAGUGCUAAAGCAGCAAUUGGUAAGUAAAUAUACAACUAUAUUAAAUUUGUAACCGGCCAUUGUGGCAGUGAAGCUAAUAAAAAUAUAACGAAAGUAAUUGAACACCCCAUUUCCCUGCCAGUUAUCAUUUUCGUAUCUCCUCUCCUGUGUCUCACAUCAGUGCAUUUUGGCUUGCUCUUACCGGUUGUUUCGCUGCAUAUCAAAGUCAUAUCGCUACAAGUCGACGCUUCGCUGCGUAACGCGGCAGCCUUCCUUCUCGCGUCAGUUGAGAAAAUUAGCAAAUAACUUUGGCUUUAGCGUUGUUGUUUAAAAUAUAUAUUAACCUUAAGAUUGUAUUAGCGUGACUUAUAUUAAACUUAAUGGCACUUUAAGAGCCGUUUGUUCGUUAACUUAAUGCAUGACAAGUUGGAGACUACAGGAAUUCCCUACACGAGUGCAACUGAGAUCUUCAUUCUAUGGUACCACGGAGAUUUAAGUGGUCUACUUGUACUACCAUCCCCACCCCUAGUUAGUAUUAUCCCUCCGUGUCGAUACCUCUUGUAUUGGAUUUGUUCCAACUAACUUGCGGAAACUAACCUGAUGAGCUCUGCCUGGUGACUAGGGCUUCACAGUGGCGAAACGACCGGACACUAACUAUGGGUUUACGGUCAAGUCGCUCGAAAUCAGAGUUAUGUCGCCCGAAAUUUGUAGUCAAGUCGCCUGAAAUGCUGAGUUAUGUGGCUCGAAAUUUUAUCACGCUCACUCAUUUUCCUUUAACUCUCAUCCUUUUUUCGUGCAACUUGACAGGUUACCUAGCACUGCCCUUCUCAGAGCUUCUCUCCCUCUACACUCAGUUUCCUCUAACUCCCAUCCUUUUUUCGUCUUUACCACUUUGGAAAUAUAAUAAUUCAUCUUUAUUUUGUGGUUUAUUUUUGACCACCAGAGGGUAUGAUGAGACACCUUGCAGUUGAGUGGGGACCAGAUGGUGUUCGAGUGAAUUGUAUAUCACCAGGAGCUGUGACAGACACUGAGGGGUUUCGUAAACUUGGUUAGUUUCAUUUAUCUACUUCGAAUGGGAAAAAAUAAAGCUUUUCCUCCCCCACCCCUACUAAGAAAUGUUGUGCCGCUGUUCAAGUUAGCUGUAGGAAACAUCAAACACCCCGACUUUGAAAAGGAGUGUUAGGCAAGGAGCCCAGACUGUUGUGUUCUCUUAAGUAUAUUAAUCUAUUUGACGACAGUUUCUGAACAAUUUUGACUGAAAUAAGUGACUGAAAUGUCCACAUGAAUUGGCUGUCAACAAUUCGAUAACUGUGCCGGACUAGUCAAGGAAUUCAUUGGAAUUAUUCUUGCUUCUGGAAAGGAUGGUCUAAAAGUUUCCCCUCAGCCAAACUGAAAAACUUUUCUAAUGCGUUUCUAUUUCUCUAGUUGUUUAUAGUUGACACUAUAGUUUACACUCGCUUGUGCUUUAAAGCGGCCUCCCUCUUAAUGGACACCUCUAUAAGACGGACAUGUCCCUAAGACGGACUCUAGGUGCCGUUCCCAAAGGUGUCUGUCUUAGAAAGACUUGACUGUAUUGUAAAGUACCGGUAACUAAAAAUAGCAGUACAGGGGCAUAGCUAGGAUUUUUCAAAGGAGGGGGGGGGGGAAGGGGGUCACACUGUGUCACACCCAGGGUACUUACCAGAUUGGUAUGUCGACAUCUAUGCCCUGUUUUACUAAAAGUUACAUUUUUUCGGAUGAGCAGUGAGCGUGGGGGGAGGGGCAAGCCUACAAACCUACAAAAUAGCUGCAUAGAUGAAAUCCACGUAACAUAAACUACUCUAUACUCUCUAUCUCGCGUUUUCGGCAGCUGCGACGGGGUUGUUCAAAGCGGGGUUAAGAUAACCCAGGGUUUGUGUGAAAUUAAAAAGCAAAUUUAGUUUAAUUCCUUUGGUCUGCAAUUUGGUGCUUGGAUGCUCUAAAAAGAACCGGGCAAUUAUCCGAGGAAAUGCUUUUACACAAAAGAAAAAGGAACCGGAUUAAAAUUUGACCCCGGGUUGGCGCUAACUGAUCUUCGAACAACUGGGCCCUGAAUCAUAGGGACAUAAAAUAACUAUCACACAAAGGGGGAGGGGGGAUCACAGGCACCUCAGGACCCCCCUAGCUACGCCUCUGCAGUAAACUUUCUUUAAGGUCUCGGUAAAGGAAAACGAGGUGCCCACAGAAAAAAAUUCUAGUCACGCGAGUAUUUUCGCUACAAAGGCAAGUUAUAUAUCAAAUUAAAGCUAAAAGACUAAAUUACCUUAUAAAAGAUUUUAUUUCAUCGAAUUUCAAAAGGCGCUUAAGUUUUUUGCUCUCGAAUUCAGAGGUAUCGAGUUUACUGCUGAAGCUCCAGCCCUUUCGCGUUGUUAAAUAUUCACUUCCUUUUUAUUGCAUCUGAUUGACAGAUAAAAGACCUAAAAAAGGGUGUGAGGAAUUUUCCGAUUUCCCUUUGUAACUCAUUUUAUGUUAGUUUCUUUGCGUAAAUCGCGCUCGAGAUUCGACUUUUUAGUUUGAAAUGCAAUAAUUCCGCUAAUACGAGACAUAUGCAAAUUUCCUCACACCCUUUUUUAGGUCUUUUAUCUGUCAAUCAGAUGCAAUAAAAAGGAAGUGAAUAUUUAACAACGCGAAAGGGCUGGAGCUUCAGCAGUAAACUCGAUACCUCUGAGUUCGAGAGCAAAAAUCUUAAGCGCCUUUUGAAAUUCGAUGAAAUAAAAUCUUUUAUAAGGUAAUUUAGUCUUUUAGCUUUAAUUUGAUAUAUAACUUGCCUUUGUAGCGAAAAUACUCGCGCGACUAGAAUUUUUUUCUGUGGGCACCUCGUUUUCCUUUACCGAGACCUUAAGUCGUCGCGCAUUUUCGUGACAUUGUCACUGAAGGAAGUCGACUUUUAGAGGGGCCUAGCCACAAGUACAGAAAACUGGUUAGAAAGUUUACUUUUUAAAGCAAUACGCACGGAGGUAUAGGUCCUCGUCGGCAUAAUAACCUAGUGGUUUUACACCUGUAUAGUAAAAACCCGCAACUAACAACCUGGUUUUUAAGAACCUGUAAGGCUAAAAUUUGCCAGUUAGGCGCCCUCAAUACGAGAACCUGUUUAGCUUAAAACCGACUAAAAUUUGUAACGAGUCCUUAUUUUCUAAAAAUCUAUAGAAAAAAUUCUGUACACUUAGGCAAAUAAGAUAAGUCAGCAUUCCGAAUGUUGUUUGGAGACAUAGGUCCCUUUUCACUCUAAUUACUAUGUAAUGUAUACAGGUUUUAUAUAAGGAAUGAGCUGAAUAUCGCUAAAUACUCUAAGUUACACUACAUUUUCUUUCUCCAGAAAAUAAGGACCUUUUUAAGAAUUUAAGUAGCCUAAAGUUGUGCUAAUUACCAUUUCUGUAAGAACCUGUUUUGGCUAACUUGAGAAAAUGCAGGUUCUUAGUUGAGGGUUUUUACUGUAUGAGCUUGAAAUUUUCCUGGCUUCUUGUCGGGUAGGUCACCAAAAUGCAUGACUCCGAGAUUCCGAGGGAAAAUACAAUACCGUACAGAGACAAGACUAAAAAGGUUAAAAGUUAAUUUUAGAAGUUGUGUAGGAGUUGUCUGUACAAAAUUGCGUUUAUUUUAACAGGGGGUAGGCAUAUUCCACCAAACUAUGAAGAAAAUGUACCUUUACAAAGACUUGGCUCUCGCCGGGAUGUGGCAGACGCUGCACUGUUUCUAGCCAGCGGUGCUUCAGCUUACGUCACAUCUAAUACCUUAAUAGUGGAUGGCGGCAGCUGGAUGACAGUUCCUGUAUCUUUGAAAACGAUGAAGUCGAUGAAGGCGAUCAGCAAGCUGUGA